GGUCAGUCCUGCCCCCUCUCUCUCUCUGUCUCUUUCUCUCUCCUUCUUUCUCUCUCUUUCCCUCUUUCUCUCUGGCCAUGGAUCCCCCAAAGGAGCCUCAGCCCAAGCCGGAAUCCACCGGAUCAGAGAUCAUCGACCUCUCUUUGGAUGACAUUAUAAAGCGGAACAAGAAAGGCCAGGGCAACCCAAAAGGGAACCGAUGGAGGCAGCCGCUCAAGAACAGGACUCCAUCCUACAGCAACGGGAGACCCAGAUUCCGGCGCUGGAUCCCGGGAAAUCUGCAAGGACCGAAUAGAUUUAGAGGCGGCUUUCGGAAGCAGCAGUUUUUUAGGAAACCAGCAUGGAAAGGUGUGGCCAAUGGGAUGAGUCCGUUGAAUCGGACGCUUUCUGCUCAGCAGGGCAAAGAAGAUGAAGCCUCCAUGGCCACGGAUGGCGGCAGCAAUGGAGGGGCAGCCGUGGCUCCACAGCGGCCGCUGCCCAUCAGAGCCCAGCGUUUCCGAAAUGCAAGAGCGUUGCCGCUUCACCAAAGUAACCGGCCUUUCUGGAAAAACCCAGGACCCCCUUUUUUCCGGCGGCAACCGAGAUUCAGCUUUGGACAAAGGCAAACGCAGCCAAGAGCAGAAGGGAAGCCACCAAGGAUCAGAAGGUGGCAAGUGCGACCCAAUUCCGGCGCAGUCCUGACUGUAUCUGUGUCCAACCCCCAAGCGAGUCAAGUGAAUGUGCCAGGAGGAAAACGUCCCUUCCGCAGAGAGAGAGGCACCGCAGCCAAGGUGGCCCUUCACCAGCCGAAAGGGGUUCCCUUGAGGUUCAACUUCCGUGCCAUGGCUAACCAGACCAGCUUGAUGUUAAACGAACGCUUCUCCGGACUGAGGGGCAAACGGCCCUUCCACACCACGCGCCGGACAAAUCGGAUGGUCACGCUGCCCUGAGGCGGCCCUAUUCCAGCCUCCCUAUCGAGCUAUUUGUCUUCUUUGGCUUGGAUAGCGCUGGGAAAGACUUCUCCGACCUCGGACCAGAAGGAUGAAGACAACAAGGGUGGCUACCUUAUGACUCCGUAGCCCUUUCUUCUGUGUGGUGGAUGGAAAGGACCCUUAUUUUGUAUCUGUGGAGUUCACACUAUGAAGCCAAGUCAAGGUCCAUGGACCGGGGCUGGUUUUGGAACCAGUUUCCAACAAAAUUUGAAAAUGCAAUCAUAAAACGGCACAAAUAUAGCACCUACCUGGAAACCAUAUCUAUCUAUCUAUCUAUCUAUCUAUCUAUCUAUCUAUCUAUCUAUCUAUCUAUCUAUCUACCGUGUUUCCCCGAAAAUAAGACAGUGUCAUAUUAAUUUUUGCUCCCAAAGAUGCUCUAGGUCUUAUUUUUAGGGGAUGUCUUAUUUUUCCAUGAAGAAGAAUUCACAUUUAUUGUUGAACAAAAAAACGCGAACAUUUAUCAUAUACUGUACAGUAGUUGUCAUCAUAAACCAGCAUAACCAGACAAACUGAAUCCUAUCAAGAAUGUCUUGUUACUACCAAUAUUUCCAUGUACAACACUCUAUGGUACGUACAUUUACCGAUCUUGCAUGUUCUGGUGUUCUGUUCGGCAGGCAUGCUUCCAAACACAAACUUUGCUAGGUCUUACUUUCGGGGGAGGCCUUAUAUUUAGCAAUUCGGCAAAACCUCUACUAGGUCUUAUUUUCUGGGGAUGUCUUAUUUUAGAGGAAACAGGGUAUCUUAUCUAUCUAUCUGCUCUUCCUUUGCACCAUCUGCAUGGCCAUCUGUUGGGAGGGCUCAGAUGGUGUCCUUUCCAACUCGAGGAGUCUAUAAUUCUAUGAACUGCUGCUUUCUGACAUGAAGCAGUUCCUUUUGGUAAGGAUAAACAUUAGAAAAAAAUCUUUGGCCCCAACUACACUGCCAGAUAAAAUCCAGAUUAUCUUCUCUGAACUGGAUUACAGUAGAGUCUCACUUAUCCAAGCUAAACGGGCCGGCAGAACCUUGGAUAAGCAAAGAUCUUGGAUAAUAAGGAGAAAAAGCCUAUUUUAUUUAUUUAUUUAUUUAUUUAUUUACAGUAUUUAUAUUCCGCCCUUCUCACCCCGAAGGGGACUCAGGGCGGAUCACAUUAUAUACAUAUAGGGCACACAUUCAAUGCCCAUAUACACAUAGAACCGAGACAGAGGCAGAGGCAAUUCAACCUUCUCCUGAGGGGAUGUUCGAUUCUGGCCACAGGGGGGACCAGCUGCUUCAUCAUCCACUGUGACGGCACUUCCUCAUUCCAAUGUUGUAAAUUAGUUAAAUUUGCCUCCCCACUUUAUAAGUGGUACCUUAUUUCCCACUUGAUAGAUGCAACUAUCUUUUGGGUUGCUAGGUCAGCAACGAGCAGGGGCUAUUUUUUAUUUUUUAAUUGACGGGUGCUCAUUCCACCAGGGGCUGGCCUCGAACUCAUGACCUCAUGGUCAGAGUGAUUUAUUGCAGCAGGCUGCUCACCAGCCUGCGCCACAGCCCAGCCCCCAUAUUAGGUUAUGAUUUUACAAAUUAAGCACCAAAACAUCAUGUUAUACAACAAAUUUGGCAGAAAAAGUAGUUCAAUAUGCAAUAAUGCUAAGUAGUAAUUACUGUAUUUACGAAUUUAGCACCAGAAUAUCAUGAUAUAUUGAAAGCAUUGACUACAAAAAUGCCUUGGAUAAUCCAGAAUCUUGGAUAAGCGAGUCUUGGAUAAGUGAGACUCUACUGUAUAUGGCAGUGUAUACUAAUAUAAUCAAGUUCAAAGACGAUCAUCUGGAAUUUAUCUGGCAGUGUAGAUGAGGCCAUUGUUUGUAUCUGGAAUUUCAUGACUGGUCCCAUUAGAAAAUGCAUAAGGAUAUGGAUGGACUACAACUACGAUAAUCCUCUGUUAUUGCCUCCCAAACCCAAACAGUACUUAAACACUUUUUGCAGAGGUUGUUUGGUGGAUUGGACUGCGAAGCGCUGUAGUGCACUGAAUAAAAUCACUUUGAGAAGCUGGAA